AUGCGCUUUACCGAUCGAGUCUCGGUCCUCUCGUCGGCUUUGCUCGCAUUGCCUUCCUUGACUGCAGCUUUUUACCUCCCCGGUGUUGCACCAACAUCUUACGACGAAGGCCAAGCUGUUCCGCUCUAUGUCAACCACUUGACUCCUAGUCUCUCCCGAGAUGACCAACUUCACUCGGUCUUCUCAUAUGACUACUAUCACCCCGCAUUUGGGUUCUGUCGCCCAGCUGAUGGCCCCAAAGAUGUGAGAGAAUCAUUGGGUAGCAUCCUAUUCGGCGAUCGCAUUCGCACCUCACCAUUCGAGCUGAAGAUGGCGAAGAACGAGACCUGCAAAUCGAUAUGCGCGGAAAGCAAAUUUGACGCCCGCAGCGCCAAGUUUACCAAUCGCCGAAUUUCCCAAGGCUACAGUAUCAACUGGCUCGUUGAUGGUCUGCCGGCCGCGCAAUUGAACUACGAUGGUGUGACCAAGACCAAUUUCUACAGCCCCGGUUUCGCUCUGGGUGAUCUGGAUGAAAGUGGACAGGCUCUACUCAACAAUCACUAUGACAUUAUGAUCGAUUAUCACAAGGUCGGAUUCGGUGGCAAGGAUAAAUAUCGUGUUGUUGGCGUGCUGGUUCAGCCUGAAUCUCGCCGGGAUUCCCGGAAUUCAGAAGAACCGGGUAAGGCUGAGUGUGGUACUCAGGGCGAAGUUCUGUCGCUCAGCGAAGAUGGAGAAACCACAGUCACCUGGACAUACAGUGUCUACUGGAAGGAAUCCCCCACCGCCUGGGCCACUCGCUGGGACAAGUACCUUCAUGUCUUUGAUCCCAAGAUUCAUUGGUUCUCUCUCAUCAACUCUGCCGUCUUCGUGGUAUUCCUCGUGGGCAUGGUCAGCAUGAUUCUCAUCCGCGCUCUUAAGAAAGACAUUGCUCGCUACAACCGACUGGAUUCAUUCAACCUCGAGGACUUGGAUGGCACAUCAGCUGCCAUUGAAGACGGGGUUCAAGAGGACUCUGGUUGGAAGCUCGUCCAUGGCGACGUGUUCCGGUGCCCCCAGUCUCCACUGUUGCUGAGUAUCAUGCUGGGCAAUGGAGCUCAGCUGUUCAUGAUGACUGGCGUGACUGUAGCAUUUGCUUUACUUGGUCUCCUCUCUCCUUCGAACCGCGGGUUACUUGCCACCGCCAUUUUGCUGAUUUCUGCUCUGUUCGGUGGUAUCGGAGGCUAUGUGUCAGCGCGGGCGUACAAAACCUUUGGCGGCGAGGCCUGGCGUCGAAACAUUAUCAUGACGCCUCUCUUCAUCCCCGGCAUCAUCUUUGGGGCUUUCUUUAUUCUGAACCUCUUCGUCUGGGCCAAGGGAUCCAGUGGUGCCGUGCCAUUCGGGACUAUGCUGGCUCUGGUUUUGAUCUGGUUUGUUAUCAGCGUGCCAUUGAGUGUGGCCGGCAGCUGGCUAGGAUUCAAGCAAGCGUCAAUUGAGGGACCUACCAAGACGAACCAGAUCCCCCGCCAGGUUCCCCCGAUGGCCGGUAGCUUGCGGACGAUCCCGUCCAUCCUGCUCACCGGCAUCCUGCCAUUUGGGGCUAUCUUUGUCGAGCUGUACUUCAUCAUGACCUCUCUCUGGACUAACAAGAUCUACUACAUGUUUGGGUUCUUGUUCCUCUGCUACGGCUUGAUGAUCAUCACUUCCGCAGCCACCACCGUUCUGCUGGUGUAUUUCCUGCUGUGUGCAGAGAACUACCGAUGGCACUGGCGAGCGUUUGCGGGCGCUGGCAUGACCGGUGGCUAUGUCUUCGUGAAUGCAUUGAUCUUCUGGGCCACCCGGGUGAGCUUUGGUGGGUUGACUGGAGCCGUGCUCUAUGUGGGUUACUCGGCGCUGAUCUCCUUCAUUGUGUUCAUUCUGACUGACGUUCCGCCACCACGACUCAGCCACACAUCCCGUUUUCUACCCCGCGUCAAACUUCCUGACUUCCACUCUCUCUUGGAUCUCUAUGCGCUUGGCAUCGCUCUAGAAGCAAAGGAGUUCUGUGAAUAUGGGAAAGUCUCAAAACUCUCGCCGACGCAGCUCGAUGAGUUGCAACGAGCAACCCAUUUCGAUAAGAAGGAGCUACAGCAAUGGUAUAAAGGAUUCCUCAAGGACUGUCCAUCGGGCACCCUGACCAAGGAGGAGUUCCAGAAGAUCUAUCGACAAUUCUUCCCCUUCGGCGACCCCUCAUCCUUCGCAAAUUAUGUAUUCCGGGUAUUCGACUCGGACAACAGUGGCAUGAUUGAUUUCAAGGAAUUCAUCUGCGCUCUCUCGGUGACAUCACGGGGCAAGAUGGAGGAUAAGCUGGACUGGGCCUUCCAGUUGUACGAUAUUGAUGGCGACGGAAAGAUCACAUACGACGAAAUGCUGGCCAUUGUCGAGGCGAUCUACAAGAUGGUGGGAUCCAUGGUGAAACUGCCCGAAGACGAAGAUACCCCAGAGAAGCGCGUACGGAAGAUCUUCCGCAUGAUGGACAAGGAUGAGAACGGGAGUCUCGACAUUGAAGAAUUCAAAGAAGGCAGCAAACGGGACGAGACGAUCGUCAGUGCCUUGUCGCUUUACGACGGAUUGGUUUAG